AUGCCUCCGAUGCAGUCUCCCAACCCGUACCCGAUCCGGUCUCCCGAACUGUCAAAACUGUUGUGGGAGGUAGAUAUGACAGAAGAUGUUUCUGUUGCUGCCGAAAUUUUGAACAUACCCGAAGACGACGAUAACUCCGAUUCUGAAGAUAUCAAGCCGGUAAGGAAUAGUUUUUGGGGUAUGCCCGACCCACCACCUUGUCCGGACCCAGUUAUCAAAAGUAGACAGGGAAACAUUUCCUACCAGCCUAUAUCCCAUGUCAAAGUUCUACAAACCUUUGACUCGAAGGAAGCACUUAAGCUCGCAGUGGGAUUAAAGUGCGUUCAUGAAAACUUUCAGAUGAAAGUAAAGAAAUCUUCCAAACACAGGUACGAGGUGGUGUGUCACUCAGAUUCGGACUGUGAUUGGCGUUUGAUGGUUGUUUCCAUCGAUGGUACCAGUAUUUUUCAGGUACGGAAGUUCCACGAUGAACACACAUGUUCAAGGUCCCAAGUGCACCCAAACCACCGUAAUGCGAAUAAAAAAGUUUUGGGUCAUAUACUGGCAGACAGUUUAAAGGAUUGUAGGAGAGUGUACCGUGGUAAAGAAAUCAUGGAAGAUGUGAACCAACAGUUCAAUAUUAGCAUCUCCUACCACCAAGCAUGGCGAACAAAGAUGUAUGCCUUGCAAUUGAUGAGGGGGACCCCAGAAUCGUUGUUUGACCUACUCCCGGUUUAUUGUCACAAUCUGAAGCUAGCAAAUCCGGGGACUGUGACAGAGAUCGCUCUUGAUCCACUUGGACGAUUCGACAUGUUGUUUGUCGCACUCGGUUGUUCGAUUCGAUCGUUUCUAGGACACAUGAGACCGCUUCUUAUAAUGGGCGGUGCCCAUCUGAAGGGGCCGUAUGUUGGCACCAUGUUCUUAGCGGUCGGCAUGGAUAGAGACAAUGGUAUCGGCUACCUCUAUCGACCUGGCCAUACGAACUGUAUUUCCUUCUGCGCACCACGGACUUUGUUGUCGGCAUCUGAGCCAGAACCUCCGCCUAAACUCCGCAAAGAGAAAAGGAAACGGUGGAUGUGCUGGGAGGCAUGCAAAGCUUACCGGUUGUCGGACUUUGAAGCUACUAUGGAUUUGAUGCGGCACAGUCUACCUAGAGCCGCUCAAUAUCUUGAGGAAGUUAGCUAUGCUAGAUGGGCACGAUCGCACUUCCCUGGAUUGCGUUACAAUGCAAUGACGUCCAACAGUGUUGAGUCCGUCAACUCAGUAGCACGGUUUGCACGCUAUCUUCCGAUAACAAUGUUAGUUGAAUUUUAUCGGGCGACAUUGCGACAAUGGUAUUUUAUACGUUGGCAUAACGGAGCGCAAAUGAUGAAUGCAGUGACUCCUUGGGCGAAGGCCAAAUUAGAGAAGAGAAUACAUAGGAGCGCAAAUUGGAAGGUAUAUCCCAUCAGCGAUUUGUUGUUUGAAGUUGACGACCGCUAUAAGAAAGGAACGUGUGAUUUGCAUGCUAAGACUUGUACAUGCAUGCAAUGGCAACUUUCUGGAAUAGCUUGCGGUCAUGUAAUUUCUGUUGCUCGAAGUUUAGAUAUUCAAGACUGCAGUCAAUUCUGUUCUGUUUGGUUCAAUUCCGACUCUUACCGUGCAACAUACGAGAAGGAAGUCAUUCCCCUUCCAUCAGAAGUUGAAUAUGUGUUGCCCAACGAACGUUUGACCGUCCUACCGCCUCCCUUGGACAUACAAAACUCAGGCAGGCCAUGCAACUGUGAUCGUAUCCCGUCACGGGACGAGGAACCAAUAGUGAAAACUUGCAGUCGAUGCGGCCAGAGUGGACAUUUUCGAUAUAACUGUCUGAGUCCUAUGCCAGCUCCUAGGCCGACGCACGGAAGUUCAAGUAGUCGUCGAAGAUCAGUUAGUCAUCCAAGCGAUUGUGGUCCGUCUGAACCUGAUACUACACAAGACUAG